AUGUUUGGAUCGACGACAGGCGCGACGCCGUCGGCGGCGGCUAAUGGCUUUAAUUUUAGCGGAGGAACAGCAACAACUGCAGCUUCUAGUGGCUUUAAUUUUGGAAUUACAACAUCUGCAACUCCAUCAGUAACAGCAUCGACGUCUACGGCUCCUUCUACUAGAUCUACGGGGUUUAGUUUUGGUUCUGGACCAGUUUCUACUGCUUCUAGUGGUGGUUUUUCUUUUGGUGCUACGCCUGCUGCUGUUACUACUGCUACUACAAGUAAUCAAUUCAACUUUGGAGGGACAAGUACAGCUCCAUCUACUAGUGGAAACAGUGGCUUUAGUUUUGGUGGUACAGCAGCUACACCUACUGCAUCUAGUGGCUUUAACUUUGGUGGGACGAAUGCAGUCGCUCCUGCUGCUACGAGCUCUGGAUUUAUCUUUGGUACCAUGGCAACAGCUACAAGUACAGUUCCGACUACUACAAGCUCGGGAUUCAGCUUUGGUGCGGCGGCACCGGCUACAAAUACAACACCAUCGUUUGGUUUUAGUGCUACUUCUGCUGCAAAGCCUGCGCUCUUUGGACAACAGCCUUCAGCGACUGGUACUGCAACGACUGGAUUUGGUGGUGGGUUUGGAGCGAAUACAGGCACUGGAUUCAGCUUUAGUACAGGAAAUAGUCCUAGUACUGGUACGGGUGCAACAGGAUUGUGGAAUCUUGGCGGUACGGGUUUUGGCACUGCAACACCUCCUGGUGCAGCGUUAUCUAACCUCGGUGCAGCUCCUGCGGCUCCAACUGCUCCAGCUCCGAUCAUUUUGGGUGCAGAUGCCUCUGUUGCUCAGCUGAACACAGUCAAGGCUGCAUACCAGGAUCCCACUCAGUCACGCUUCAAGUUCCUCAUGUACAACACGGUUGAUCCGACACAGCGACACCUGUAUGUUCGACCACCACACAUUAGUGAACGCUUGUGGAAUCAAGCAGAGCUGGACAAUCCAGACCCGCUCAACUGCGCUCCCGUUCCUAUCUUGGGGUUUAGUGAUCUGCUGAAGCGUAUCAAAGCGCAACAAGAACACGCAGAGAAGUACAACAAGUACACGGACGACCUACGAGCACAGCUUAAUGAGAUGGAUAAGCACACCCGUGCGACAGAAGAAAAGCUGGAAAAGUGUCGUCAUGAGCAUGUGCAGCUGUUUCACGCGCUAGUGAAGGUCAUGCGGGACAUUGAGCUUUUACAGAAUUACGGCAAGCCGCUUCAACGCGAGGAGAUACAGCUGGCGAUGAUGCUGAAGAAGCUCCAAACGUUGUUGGACUCGCCAGGCCAGUACAAAGCACGACUGAAUGAUGCUGUCUCGCUCCAGCGUGUUCAAAAGGAGGCAACGCCGCCUCCAACAAGUCAUCUCAGUCCACAAGAUCUGCAACGACUCUAUGAGCUUUUGAACAAACAGCGACAGGGACUCGAGCAUUUGACAAACAUUGUCAACGACGACCUUGCUGAUAUCCAGCUGAUUAAGGACACUUGGCGACGAUAG